AUGAGAUCGGAGUAUGAUGUCGUGGUUAUAGGAUCCGGUUAUGGAGCGGCCGUUGCAGCAAGCCGAAUGGCUCGAGCAGGGAAGAGCGUUGCCGUGCUGGAGCUCGGCUGGGAAAGAAGAUCCGGUUCAUAUGCGCACAGCCUGCCUCAAUGUCUCAUGGAUUUCAAUGUCUCGGGAAAGUCUUCAAAAAACUCGUUCUUGUCAAAAUGGGUAUCACCCGGAAAUCCCACUCGACUCUUUCAGUUAUUUCUAGGGAAUGGGCAACACGCAUUCACCGCUCGAGGGCUCGGAGGAUGCUCUUUGAUAAAUGCGGGUGUCUUCCUGAAAGCAGACGAAGACACAUUAAGAAUGAGUCCGUGGCCAUCGGAGAUCAGAAAUGAUCCGUCAGUGCUGGAUGAUUACUACUUGCGAGCUGAAGAGAUGCUACAGCCUUCCACAUAUCCUGAAGAGUAUCCAAGUUUGAGCAAACUCGAGCAUUUGCAAGAAGAUUCCAGACGACUAGAGACAGGGGAGAGCUUCUACAGAGCACCACUCACUACAUUCUUCCAUAGUGGUCAUAAUAAUGUUGGUGUACCAAUGUACGCAAAUACGGGGUCAGGUCAUGAGUCUACUGGCCUCAACGACGGCUCCAAGAAUUCGGUAGCGACAACAUAUCUUGCGGAUGCCUGGAAUUGGGGCGCCGAAAUAUUUUGCGGAUGUGAGGUCAGGUAUGUGGAGAAAGACGUCCAUGGCAAUGGGUACAUCAUCCACUUUGCAUGGCAUGGGAGUGGCAGAUCUGUUUUCUCAAAAUAUUUCAAGGAACAGCUUUUCUGGGUCAAGGCAACAGAUUUCUGUUUCUUCGGGGCUGGUACUAUGGGUACCACUGAGAUCCUGCUCAGGUCAAAGAAGUACGGCCUGCAAAUGUCUCCGCUCGUUGGAAGGAAUAUUUCCGGUAAUGGUGAUAUGUUGGUAUUCGGAUACAAUGGAAAAACCGAUGUCAACGCGAUUGCCCGCAGAUCUUCCCACGCGAUCAAGGCCCCAGGCCCAACUAUCACUGGAGUGAUCGACAACCGCCUUGUUGGCCCCGCAGAUAGUCCCCUUUCCGGAUAUAUUAUUCAGGAUGGCUGCAUCCCUGAGCCGAUGAUCCCAGUGAUCCAAAUGAUGUUUACCCUGCAGACGCUCAGAGACCAAGUCAAGUGCUACGUGUCAAAUCCUCUUGAGGGUGGCAGAAGAACCUUGGCCUCUUUGAAGUCCUUAUUAUUUGGCCCAUAUGCACGUGGUGGAGCAUUGCAGCGGACCUCAACAUAUCUCGUGAUGUCUCAUGACAGCAAUGAGAUGACCUUGACCCUAGACAGUGAUCAGCUUCGGUUGAAGGCUCCCUCGGAAGGUCGCUCUGAGAACUCCAAGAAGAUCAAGAAGUUGUUGAAUACUUUAUUCGGCUUUACACAAGCAAGCAUGGGGUUCUCAUACUUUUACGGCCGCCACGAGGAAGAAGUUACUGUUCAUCCACUUGGGGGAGCCAAUAUGAGCAGCGAUGGGAAAGGACACGCAGGCGUGACUAACCAUCUUGGAGAGGUCUUCACUGGCAAAGGUAGCGAAGUAUACAAAGGACUUGUGUGCUGUGAUGCCUCCAUCAUUCCAACAGCCUUGGGUGUGAACCCGCUCGCGACAAUAACGGCUCUUUCAGAACGUUCUGUCGAACUUGUUGCCCAGGACCGUGGGCUUUUAAUUGACCUUGAGACCAAGAACGGUGUUUUGAAUACCUAUAGCAAACCCAGAGUCUCAAGGAAUCCACAGAAUCACAGUGAAACUACGAACAUCAAAUCGAACCCUAUAGGGUGGCAGUUUACCGAGAGUUUAUACGGGAUCUUUCGCAUAAAAUCGAGAAAAGAAGGUUCCGGGCGCUCCGAUGAGGCCAGUAAGGGCUCAUCCUGUGCCAUGCGGAUGUUUCUCACAGUAGACCUCUGCGAGCCUCAAAAAGGGUCAGGAUAUCAAGGGACAUGCACUGGAACAGUGUCAUGCUGCGCACUAUCGGCAUACACGCUAAAGAUCGUUGAUGGGACUGUGAAAUUCUUCACGUCGAUAGAAGAAAAGGCCGAGUCAUCGAGCAUCUCAUACCAACUACAGCUUCUCUCAGUAGAAGGCAGGCAAUAUUAUCUUGAAGGCCACAAAGCUAUCAACUCAAACAUGGCAUUCUCUGUCAGAAAGACUUGGGAAGCCACAACUACAGUCAACUUCAGCAUCACUCGGCCCGAUGGGGCAAGAUUUGGGUCAGGGGCCCUUCAUAUUUCUUUGCUGGACUUCCAAAAGCAGAUUCGAACAUUUUGGCCGACCCAACCUCUGACAGUCGGUCUGUUCUGGGCUUUGAUAAAAUUUCUACUCUCUUUUGUGCUGCACGUGAGCUUCUUCUUUUUCAGUCCCUUCGUUCCAGUGCGCUUUCCUCGGCCGUCGACUAGAGAGAACAUUCGUUCAAAACAAAGGAUACCUUCAAGAUCAUGCAAGAUCAAAACCAUAGAUGACGUGCAUGUGCUACUUGAGAUUUAUGAUCCUCUUCCUUCGGAAGGGGAAGGUACUUCGGAAGACAGGCCAACGCCUCUACCAAUUCUGCUGCUUCCAGGUAUCACCGGCAAGGCGAUGCACAAUCUUUACGCCUUGCCAUUCUUGCGUUGCAACUUGAUCGAUUAUCUCACAGAACACGGACACCGGUGUUACGCGCUUUCACCUCGUUGGAGUGCUGAUCCCUCCGUGGCUCAAAGAUCCACCGUUUUCGACUGUCGCCUUGACGUUGCCGCAGCGGUCGAUUUCAUCCGAAGCCGGGAGACUCUGAAGCCAUAUGUGAUAGCCCACUGUCAAGGCUCCGUGGCCCUCGGCAUGGGACUUCUCGAUGGGACAAUAUCCAGCAGCGAUCUUCUCGGUGUCACUGCAAACUCCGUCUUCAUCAAUAUGGUCUUCGGAUACUGGAACGCGGUCAAAGGGCGGACUACUCUCCUAAUACAACUAUACGAAACCAUCGCGGGCAGUUUCUUUCCGAUCUCCAGCAGUGCCCGAGAUGCCAUCUUCCAACGUUUACUUGAUGCCCUACUUCGUUUCUAUCCCGUGGGAGAUAAACGAGAUCGGUGCACAUCCACGGCGUGUCAUCGAACAUCUUUUGCCUUUGGACUGUUAUGGAACCAUGAGAACCUUGACGUGGGUAUUCAUGACAAUGUCCAUCAGUUCUUCGAAGGGACCCACACCAAGAUCAUGAAGCAAGUAGUCCGCAUGGGAACACGAGGGGGGUGUACCGACAAUGCAUCUCAUUCUCUUCUCAACGAUGAGAACUUGCAGCGCCUACAAGGGCUACCGAUCCUUUUCAUUUCGGGAACGGAAAAUCAAGUCUUCGAACCCGAAUCGACACUGAAGGAUUAUGAGUUAUUGCGCCGACGGUUUGGGGAGAGGUACUAUCGCAGAUUCCUCGCCGAGGGGUAUGGUCAUCUCGAUCCUAUUGUCGGAAAGAACGCUGCUGAGGAUGUUUAUUGGAGGAUAUUGACACAUCUCAGAAGCUGUAGUGAAGACGGGGAGGCGGUGGGAGCUAAAUAG